GAGGGAACUGGAGAUGAUACUGGAACAUAAGCUGAAGAUGCAAGAAGAUAUGCUUACUGAAGGAUUUAAAAAGAAGUCUGAGGAGAUGAAUGCAGAGAUAAUCCAUUUGAGAAAAGAGAUUGAGAAGAAUAAAGAGGAAAAAGACUCGUCCUGGAUUUCACGGGCCUUUGACAUACUUGACAAUCCACAAUCUGCUGCCCGGGUGGCUAAAGUGAUGGAUUUGGGUUUGAUGGUUCUGGGCAAUCUGUUUUAAUAAGAUUAGCACCUCUUUUAAGGAACUUAUGGAAUGUGGAUAGAGGCUUCAUCCUGUUUUUGGAGUGUGUGUGUUUUCAUUCAACUCAAAAAAGGUUUAAACAUCAAAAGAACAUAAAGACUAAAGGAUAUCGGGGCCUGACACAUAUUAGAUAGAUAGGUUUUAUUAGUUUAAAAGAAAAAAAACAAAUAACUUUAUAACAGGAGUUGACAAUUUUUUCCUGCUAGGCCAGAUCUGUCCUGCUGCCUGUUUUUGUCACCGUUACUAGGAGACCACCAUGCCUCUACAUUAAUGGGUCUUUAGGCUGCAUACAGUCCCCAAUAGCAGAGCUGAGUAGCUGCAACAAAGACAGUAUGGCACACAGAACCUAAAUACUUCCUUAUAGAAGCCUGUCAUUCAAUGGUUUAUUAGCAGAGAGAGACAAAACCUGCAAUAGAUGUUAAAAUUACCUAGGGACAAAACCUAUCGAGAUUGCUACUGAU